GCGGGCGGCAGCGGCUAAGAAAGAAGAAAGACGUGGCAGCAAGCGGGGGUCGGGGAUAGUGUCGACGGUUCGGUAAAGUUUCUGUUCUCUGAUUUGGGGAUAUUCCCUGCCCAAAAAUUUCCUGGAAAAUUGACUAGUAUUAAGUGUGAGUAAAAGGUGUCCACUUUUUUUUAAGUUUUGAUUUUAGUUUUGUCUUGGGUAGUAUUUGGCAAGAUUUAGCCUAGAAAUUAUGUAGUAUUUAUUACGUGAGAAUCAAAAUUGCUUUGUUACUGGGCUGGUUCAAAAUUUAGAACUCAUUUCUAUGUAUCAAAAUUGUUUUUUGUUUUUUGUUUUUUUGAAAUUCUUAAAUGGUAAAUGUACCAUUGUGAAAUGAAAUUUCAACUCCAAAAGUUUACCCUUUUACUAACUGGAGUAAGUGGAUAAUUAUAAAGUCUUUAGUUGAAGCCAUCACUAGUAAAGAAUUUGGAACUAGGCUGCAUAAGCAAGCCUUUGCAGGGCCACCAUUGAAUGUCAUGCCAGUGACACUGGUGUUGCUAUAACAGAAGGAAAACAUCUUCCCUUAUUAGAUAGAAGCUUUCUGUAAUUUUGACAGUUCCAGUUCAGGAUGACUAUAAUGCUGCUCUGCCUUCUACAGCUUGCUGCACUACUCUGUAGUUACUCUAUAACUAUACAUUUCUAUCUUUUUUGGUUAAACACUCCCUGAAGGUGAUAAAAGAUGAUGUGAUGAUAUACAUACAUCCACAUUGUACACAUCGAUAUAUAUGUAAGGAUUUCCCUUCAUCUUUAUUUUGUGGGCUGGGCAAAAUUUAGUGUAACAUAUUAAUAUACAUCAUGAUACUUUGGUAGAAGAGGAAGUUCACUAUUUUUAUAAUGAACCCAAAUUUAAAGGCUUUUGUAGUGUAUUUUAAAAGGGAAAACUUACCCAAAUGUUUUAUUUCUACACAUUUGUGUAUGUGUGUGUGUGUGUGUGUGUGUAUAAGCCAGUUAGUAUAUAUGUAUAUGUAUAUUAUACAUAAAACACUUUAUAUUUUUACAUACAAGUAUGUUUUUAU